CCCGCUGGGUGGUUCCAGGGGUUCCCCAAAGCCAGGGCAUCGCGGGCUGGGCCUGCCCCCUGGUGGCCAUGCUCCAUCUCACCAGCCUCCAGGGGCUGUCCAGGAGGGGUGGGCAGUCUAGUGUGCGGUGCUGUGGGGAUGAGGAAAGGGAAAUGUGGCUCACUUGGACAGGCCUUGGCCCUGAGAAGGCUCAUUGAGCCCAUGCUGACUAAGGCAGCCUGGAGGCUCCGGACCAGGGACCUCGGCCUGGCUGCCAGGCCUGGUCACGCUGCAAGGCCAUCACUGGUCGUCAACCCUGCCCCAUACGAUUUCCCACUGCACACUUCCUGCAGUGCACCGGGGCCACCAAGCUGACUCGCUUCCAUCUCCUGCGCCCGAGCUCUGGGCACCGGGCCAUUGCCCCCUCCACCCAGGUUAAACAUUACAGGGAGAUUAGCAGUCCAGGGGCGGAGGGAGAGGCUAGAAUCACACUUUCACCAACGCCGCCUCCGCCUCCGCUGGAGCCUCUGGCUCCCACCGGCAGAACAAUGCCUGUGGAGGAGUUUGUGGCUGGCUGGAUCUCGGGAGCUGUGGGCUUGGUCCUGGGACACCCCUUUGACACUGUAAAGGUGCGGCUACAGACCCAGACCGCAUACCGGGGCAUCGUGGAUUGUGUGGUCAAGACUUAUCGCCACGAGUCGCUCCUGGGUUUCUUCAAGGGGAUGAGCUUCCCCAUCGUGAGCAUAGCCGUGGUCAACUCUGUCCUGUUCGGGGUCUACAGCAAUACCCUGCUGGCACUCACAGCCACCUCCCACCAGGAGCGGCGGGCCCAGCCGCCCAGCUACACGCAAGUCUUCAUAGCCGGCUGCACCGGGGGGUUCCUGCAGGCCUGCUGCUUGGCCCCUUUUGACCUCGUCAAAGUUCGGCUACAAAACCAGACAGAGCCAAGGGCACAGCUAGGGAGCCCCCCGCCGCGGUACAGGGGGCCCGUGCACUGUGUGGCCUCCAUCUUCCGGGAGGAGGGGCCCCGGGGGCUCUUCCGGGGAGCCUGGGCUCUGAUGCUGAGGGACACCCCCACAUUGGGACUCUACUUCGUCACCUAUGAAUGGCUUUGUCGCCAGUCUACGCCAGAUGGCCAGAACCCCAGCUCAGCCACAGUGCUGGUGGCAGGGGGCUUUGCAGGCACUACCUCCUGGAUGACAGCCACCCCCUUGGAUGUGAUCAAGUCCAGGAUGCAGAUGGCCGGACUGAAGCAGAGAGAGUACCGGGGGGUGCUGGACUGCAUGGUAAGCAGCGCCCGGCAGGAAGGACUGGGGGUCUUCUUCCGGGGGUUGACCAUCAACAGCGCCCGCGCCUUUCCUGUCAACGCCGUCACCUUCCUCAGCUACGAGUACCUCCUCCACUCCUGGGCAUGACCUUGGCCAGGCACUGCCCGAAGCUCCCCAGCGAGGCUGCUGCCCACCUGCCCUGAUUGGAGGCCAAGUUGAAAGCACCAGGUUGAGAUUCCAAUGCAAGAGGUUCAACCUUUCUUUGUCAAGGCACCUCCCACCCUCGCAGACAAGGAUGCGGCCAGGAGAGGGAGUGGGGAGCAGUCCCCACAUCCCUGGUCCCGGGCUCUGCCCAGAUGCAAGGCCGCCCUCAGCCUCCCAGCAGCACUGGCUUGACUCCUUUGUAAACCUCUCCCCGCCUGACUUGAGAGUAGCCUGUAGCUGUCCUGCUGUUCCAGAACCCUUCAGUGGCUCCCAUCACCGUCAGGAAAAAGCCCCAACUCCACCUGCUCCUGGUGGGGCACCUGGGGGCCCCUCCCUGCCCACUAGCUUUGCCCUCAGCAGCUUCGGCAGCCCUGCCCAGCCCUGCUCGGCAAGCUGCGCCCUCCCGUCACCCUCCGCCUGGAAGGCGUAGACCCUCCUGGCCAUCAGUGGGGUGCCGCGGGGUGUCCCCAUCACAUCUCCCUGGCUGGACCCACUCCUCGACCAGGAUGAACUCUGUCUCCUGGUGUCGGUCCUUCCUUGACUCACCCCUCCCCCACUCCAGUUUGACUUUGGGGUCUGCAGACCCCCUCCAGCUUGACCGUAGCCCUCACCUGUACUCUGUCACAGUGGUUGGUUGGCUUCUCAGCGUCCUCAUUGGCGUGGGGGCUCCUUGAGUUCUCGCUUCUCAUCAUUUCUCAGCUCAGAGCCUGGCGCUGGAGGCUGCCGGUAAGUGCGCAUUGAGUGAAGCACCAUUGUACACCCGGCCUCUCUCCCGGCCCCAGCCACCCCACCUGCUUCCUGGGUCCUGCGCCCCCGCCACUGGCAGCUUUGCCCGCUGGGGUCCUCCUCAGCGGAGCAGAGCCCGAAGUCGGCGUCUGCUGGCCCCUCUCACCGAUGUCACUUGUUUUCUUAUCUCAAUUUCCAAGUGGGAAUUAAAAACUGGCUAAGAGAGUUCACGUAAUUGGCAAUAAAGCAGAGCAGAGUUUGUAUCCCCUAACGUCCUGGUCUGGUCUGAGGUCAACCUGGGCCCACCUCGUGGUGACCUGAAUGCCUGGAAUCCCUGUCAUUUACUGGGUGCUCCCUCUAAAACGAUCACAGCAUUCUUAUCACUGUUGACAGAGAAGGUGGCUUGACUCACAGAUGCCAUGCAACUCAUCCCAGGUCACACGGCUGGUAUGUCACACACCCUAUCUGGACACAUCUGACCCCCCAACUCCAGAGCCUGGGGACUCUGCUCUCCCUGGGGACUGUGACACUCUCUCACAAGUCACUGAGACAGUCUCUCAGAUUCACCCAAGGAGACCUGCCGGCAUCAGCCCCCAAACGUGCUCGUCGGAGCUGUCCUUCGCUGGUUCAUAGGCCGCGACUGCAGACGGCACCUCACAUCAUGAGGCCACGGGACGUGUGGCUGCUGAGCCAGGGUAUGGGUCCCAAACUCUACUGCAGUUCGAUGGGGACCCGGGCUAGAGAAGUGAUGCGAGCCCGUGGCCUGUCACUUGCUUACAA